AUGACUGUCUGUUUGAUCCUGGCCCUGUUCACACUGACCACACAAACUGAGGUGUCCUCUGGAAAGUCUUUGAAUCUGUUGCAUGAGCAAUGGAGGAGCUACACGAAUGAAUGCAUUCAGAGCUUUAUCACUUCUCCACCAGCUUCAGGGUUGGUCUGUAACAGAACAUUUGAUCAAUAUGUGUGCUGGCCCGAUGGCUCUCCAGGCACUACUGUUAAUGUUUCUUGCCCGUGGUAUUUACCCUGGUAUCAUAAAGUUCGGCAGGGUCUGGUGUAUCGCGUGUGUGGUGCUGAUGGCAGAUGGACUCACAGUAAAAACACAAGCGAGUGUGAACAAGAUGAUCUGGGACAGAGGCAGUACGGUCAGAUUCUCAGUAAAUUCAGAGCCAUGUACACCGUGGGAUACUCACUGUCUCUGGGAGCGCUAAUUCUUGCCCUCGGCAUUCUGGUGACCUUUCGAAAGUUGCAUUGCAUGAGGAACAACAUCCACAUGAAUUUGUUUGGCUCCUUCAUCCUGCGGGCGCUCUCCAUUCUCCUCAAAGACGCUCUGCUGGAUCAAAUGAACAGCGCUCAAAGCGGACCACAUCAUUAUCAGGGCCAGCGUUGGGUCGACAUGCAGGUCACAUGCAGACUUGUAUCUCUUGUAUGUGUUUCUCAGACCGUCACUGGGUGUCGUGUUGCCGUGGUGAUGAUGCAGUACAGCGUCAUUGCAAAUAACUAUUGGCUGCUGGUGGAGGGCUUGUAUCUACACAGUCUCCUGGUCAUCGCCGUUUUCUCCGAGAGGAAUUACUUCUAUAUAUAUCUGUGCAUCGGCUGGGGUGCACCUCUUAUUUUCGUGUUACCGUGGGUCGCAGUCAAAUACCUGUAUGAGAAUCAAGAAUGCUGGGAGAGAAAUAUUAACAUGGGUUAUUGGUGGAUAAUCCGCUCCCCGAUUCUGUUUGCAUAUCUGAUUAACUUCUUCAUAUUCAUUCGUAUAAUAAAGAUUCUGAUGUCCAAGCUGAAGGCCCAUCAGAUGAGAUACACUGAUUAUAAAUUCAGGUUGGCGAAGUCCACUCUCACCCUCAUCCCGCUGCUGGGAAUUCACGCCAUCCUCUUCACUUUCGUCAUCGAUGAGUCCGUGCCAAAGGAAUCUCUACUGAGGCUCAUCCGCCUCUUCUACGACCUCCUCUUCAGCUCCUUCCAGGGUCUUCUCGUGGCCAUCCUGUACUGCUUUGUCAACAAAGAGGUUCAGAGUGAGAUGUUGAAAAAGUGGAAGAGGUGGAAACUCGGGCACGACAUUGAGGAAGAAUACCGCCACACCCACAGCCAGACACACCAGGCCAAGAGUGGCAGUAUCGCUCUGGCCAUGGCACAUGAAUGUCCUGACACCCCAGAACUGGUGAAUUCAGCUCCGCCCUCUGCAGAGUCCCAGCGUCUGGUGACCGCCCUUCAGAACGGGGCGAGCCAGAGCCGGGUCAGGCUGCAGUUGACCUCCGGGCCAGAGGAGGGCGGCAGUAACUGCAGCUCUCUGACGGAAGAUGUUUGCCUGGAAGAGCGCCCACUUAAAGAAUUAAUAACGGAAACCAGGGUCUGAAGGAUCUCCACAUGUUGAUGAAAUGAUAUCUUCACUGAGGUUAAGAGUUGACGGCUUUUUCAACACUAGUAUGAAUGAUGAAUAGAGAUGAAAUUACGUUCAAGAUGUUGAAAUCAUCUUGGCAACACAGGGAACAAUUGUGAAAUGUUAUCUAGUAAGCUUUAAAGUUGAACUUCAUUCACCAUAACUGGUAACUACUAGGGGUGUAACAAUACAUCGAUACGGAUCGAUGCAUAGAUUAUUUUUACAAUACGAUGCAUCGAUGCCACACAUAAAAUAUUGAUAUGAGGUACCUUUAUUUUGACACUCUUUGCGUCCUCAUUCCUUGACGUAACGUCCAUCUACGCAUUUCUGUUCAAUCGUGCAUUUUUGUUUAUUUUCGUGUGCUAGUGUCAGCAAGUGAAUGCAAUGCAGCAUCAAAGCGGUUGUACCCACAAAAACACAGCAAAAGAGACAGAAGACGUUGUGACUGCUAUUGGACACAAAUCGUGGGUUUGGAAAUAUUUAGUAUUUGCAAAAUGGAUUGGACAAACAGAAAACUUUGCCAGUACCAGACAAAACACUAAAGACCAUUACUGUUGCCAUCAUGAGCUUGAUUUUAUGUGACAUUUUUUCCCUCAUUAUUUAUUUUUUGCUAUAAAGUGUAUUUUUGCGUAGUUUGUUUUUGUACAGUAAAUGUCCCAAUUGGGACAGAGAUUGUUCCUUUUUUUUAAAGAGUUUAAUUAAAUGUUCAUGUUAUAUAUUUUGGUUGCAUUUGUGAGUUAUUAAAAAUGUAACUGCUUAACCAGGCACGUAAUAUUAAAGUAUCUAUAAAUUAAAUUAAAAUUGCCACAAAAUGUUUGUUGUUUUGGCAAAUAUCGCAUCGUUGGCGGAGAUGAUCGAUAUGGUAUCGUAUUGCAAUGAAAUUUCCGAUUGACACCCCUAGUAAUUACCCAACAAAAAUAGCAUUAUUGGCGGCUGUUACUGCUUGAAAAGCUUACAAAAUUGUUGCUUAAAACCAGUAACCAUAUUAAAGCUCUUCAUCACCAAUAUCUUUCCAACAGAAUAGAGAUGCUGGGUUGUAGAGUAAAUGCCACUAGGGUUAGGGUUAGGUUAGGGUUGGGGUUAGGUAAGAGUCUCUUGGUUUUAGUUACCCACCUUGCAGUAAAAUCCGCUUUCAACGAGUUGCUCACCAAAACCUCUCACACUCAUAUAAAGCAGAAGGGAAUAAACUUUGAACCAUGUGACAGAACAUCCAUAAUUCAGAUCCACUUCCACAGAACCUUCGACCUCAGGAGCAGUCAGAUCUUCAGAUGAGAGACCGGCUACCAGUGCUGUCAGUCAACCAUCAUCAGAUGCUCGUGAUAAAUAUGGAUGUGCUUCAAGUUUCAUAUGACAUAAUAGACUGUAUUAUGGAAAAACAUUUUGAUACAUGUGUCGAAUUCAUUGUAAACUUUGAAAGUCAUUUGUAAAGCAGACAAUCUAACAGUAUACUGGGUUUAAUCUCACAUACAUGCAUCAGCUACCCUGGAGUGCCAUUCAAUACACAAAGCUGCCCUCAAAUAACUCAACUGAGAUUGUUCAGGAAUGUUUCCUUAUGGUUCCCUCGUGAGCCAGGAAGGCUUGUGGGAUUAUGGAAAACCUCAGACAGCAUUCAGAGCGACUGUAAGAAUCAUUACUUAUGGAAAAUUACAUGCCUAAUCUUUCCAUGUUUAGACGAAACGGGUUUGUUUACUUUAAAUCCAAUUACAUUCCUGUUAAUGAUGCAUUAUGGUCAGUAUUAAAAAUGUUGCCAACCAUUUUUAAAUGUAAAGCUUGAGUUGUUGAAAUGAAAAAGAUAAGUUUGGCAGGUUUGAUGUUGUUCAGCUUGUUUAACAGCGUACUAAAUCGUGUCUGUAAUACAUUAUGGAGUUUGCUAUGUUUGGAGUCCUAGUUCAUUUGAAUGUACAUUUGUUCAUAAUGAAAGAGUUUAUAUGGCCCACUGUAUGUGUAUAUCACUAUUGCUUGUGAUAAGAUGAAGAGAAGGAGUUAAAGAAGAAACAUAAAGAAAGAUUGUACAAAUUAAACUCCUUGCCUUGGGCUGUAAAGUAAAUAUGUUUGCUUUUACUGUAAUGACUGUUUCAUAUGGAGGUCUCUGGGAAUCACUGUGUUAAAGCCACUGUGGACUUCU